AUGUCAUCAAAUGGUCGUACUCGCAAUGGACGUCGAGGAUCUGAUCCAAAUAAUUCUGAGAAUUUUGUAGAUGAGGAUGGACCUCAAGAACAAGAACGUGUUCAAAGACGUCAAUCUGAUGGUAGAGCUACUCCACGGUAAUUCUUCUUUUUUUAUAGUUUGGGAGUUGUUUUUUGUUUUGAUUUCCUUAAGGUAAUUUUCAGGAAAUAUGAAAACCUUUUUUUUAAAUUUUAAAAAUUCCAAUAAAAUUAAAUUUUUUUAUUACAAAAAAUAAAAAUUAGUUUAAAUUAAUUUAAGAACGCUCACUUUAGAAUAACAACACGCCAAAGAGACCCUUCUGGAUUACCACAAGAUCCUAAUGUACAUGAGCGAGAAGCCUUUAAUCAUCGUCGUAGUCGAUCAUCAUCUGCCAAUGACAACAUUCCACCAACUCAACUACCAGUCGGGUCUGGAAGUCGUAGAAGAAGUCGUGUUAGUGGUGAUUCUUCCGACAUAGGCGAAGAUAUAGACGAGUUUCUGCAGGCCUCGGAAGAUCAAGCUUCUGUACUUCAAAAUAAAAGCAGAAAGAGGUCACGACGUCAGCAAUCAGAUGAUCAUGAUCAAGAACAACCUCCAGUUCCAGGUAAAAGAAGAAGACGGCAUAAAGCACCUGAAGAUGGACAACAAAGAACAAAAAGACCACGUCGAAGACGGACAAAAACUUCAUCUCAGCUCAGCGAUCAACCAACUUCUGGUGUUUCUACUGCAGACGAACCCAGUGAUUCAGAAGCUUCUACUGCACGAGUCCCUAGUAAUGGCCCAAGGUCAGGAUCAAAUGAUUUAGAAGGAUCAAGACGUUCAGAUCGACGGUCAAGACGUUCAAAGUCACGUCAUUUAGAUUGCGCUUCAAGACGCUCUAGAUCUUCAUCAGGACAGUUUGAUGCUCCGUCACCUAAUUCUGACCCAACGUCAACAGGACCUGAAUCUGAUUUAUCUUUAGAAAGUUCAGAUGCAGAAAGAAAUUCAGGAGAAUCAUCGGUUACUGAUUUGGAUACUGAUUCUCCUACCUUAAGUUCAAGUGCAGACAGUUCAGUUUCAAGCGCGGUAAGUAUUUUAAGGGUAGGGUAGGGUAGGGUAGGGUAGGGUAUAAAACAUCAAAACAAUAUUUCUUUAGGAUCAAACACCUAGCAAAAGAGAACAAAGACAAAUCCAAAAGCGUCAGCGACGUUUCGAUAGAGAACAACAACUCAAAGUAAGUUAGUUACCUCUAUCAUACUAAAUUUGUUUACAAUUUAAAAAUUUAAAAAUAAAAAAUUUAAUUUUAGAGAAGAGCCAAGAGAGCCAGAAGAAAGCAAAGUCUAUCUCAACAUAAAAAGAGGCCUUCCAAAGCCAAAACCCGCAAAAGUAAAGGAAAACAACUAACUCCUUUAAGCCCUGCUUCAUCUGACUCUACAUCGACUGCGUUUGAACCCUCAAUUCAUAAUUCAUUUGAUUCAGAAGCUUCAACUUAUGAUUCAAACCCUGAUUCUUUAUCUUCAGGAAGUUCUCAAACAAGCUCAAGAUCUCGAGGUUCAUCGCGGUCUAGUCAAGCGUCUAGAAGAGGUCUAGAUAAAGCUAGAACAUCCAGAAGACGCCAUGGUGAAGAUGAUUCAUCAACAAGCAGUCAAGAUGAUGAUAGGGCUUCUAGAAGUCAUGAAGGUCAAGCUAAGCCUUCUAGAAGACUUGAAGGUCAAGCAAGGCCAUCAAAAAGCCGUCCAAAUAAAGUUAGACCAUCCACAAGCCGUGACAAUCAACCAUCCAAUUCAGAAGAACCUGCUCAAUCCGCAGCUCCGUCUCCACCAAAUCCAGAAUCAGCCGCAGCUUCAUCUCCACCAAAACCAGAGCCACCUGCAGCUCCAAGUGCCCCAACUGCUCAGGAAAACCCAGCUCAGCCAGCGAUGGAUCAAGUGGGACGUCAAAUGUCAUCAGUCCAAACUACGAUUGAUUCAGCAAUGGCGAGGGCUCAACGUCAAAUCGACAACGCGAUGCGGAUGGUCGAGAAAUUAACUGGAAAUUUAGGGAAGAACAUGCCAAAGUGA